CGGAGCCCGGGACGGCGCACCCGCACGCAGGUGAGCUAGCCCGGGCGGAGCGCAGCGCAGCCGGUGCCAGGCUCGGGCGCCCACGGCCGCCGUUCCGAGCCACCGGCCACAGCCGAUUUCCCCCACCGAGGCCGAGGCGCCCCGGAGCCAUGGCCGUCCAGAACUGCUGGGUCGCAAUCGUGCUGCUGGGGGUCCAGCUGCUGGGUGCCGUGCUCCUGCCGCGCGGAGCGGGAGUUUCUGAGAUUGCCCUGCCGCACGGAAGUGGCAUUACGGUUUUCAUAAAGCCUGGGACCUCACCCCUGGGACCCCCGCCACUGAAGCCCUGUUACAUCAGUAGUUCUAAAAAACAUAAAACCUCAUUGACCAUCAAAUCUGGAGAAAAAGAGGUCUUUUUCUUCACCUGCCAUGACCCAGAGAAGCACUUUAUCAUUGAGAUCCAGAAGAAUAUUGACUGCAUGUCAGGCCCCUGUCCGUUUGGGGAUGUCCAGCUUCAGCCCUCAAUAUCAACGCUGCCCACCCUCAACAGAACCUUCAUCUGGGACGUCAAAGCUCACAAGAGCAUUGGUCUAGAGCUGCAAUUCUCCAUCCCUCGCCUGAGGCAGAUUGGGCCCGGGGAGAGCUGUCCAGACGGAGUCACUCACUCCAUCAGUGGCCGCAUUGAUGCCACCACAGUCAAGAUCGGGACCUUCUGCAGCAACGGCACGGUGUCCCGCAUCAAAAUGCAAGAAGGGGUGAAAAUGGCCUUACACUUGCCCUGGUUCCACAACCGGAACUUCUCCGGCUUCAGCAUCGCAAACCGGUCUUCUAUAAAACGACUGUGCAUCAUAGAAUCUGUGUUUGAGGGUGAAGGCUCGGCAACGCUGAUGUCUGCCAACUACCCAGAUGGCUUCCCCGAGGACGAGCUCAUGACUUGGCAGUUUGUCAUCCCCGCGCACCUGCGGGCGAGCGUCUCCUUCCUCCACUUCAACGUCUCCAACUGCGAGAAGAAGGAGGAGCGGGUCGAGUACUACAUCCCGGGCUCCACCACCAACCCUGAGGUGUUCAGGCUGGAGGACAAGCAGCCCGGGAACAUGGCCGGGAACUUCAACCUCUCUCUGCAGGGCUGUGACCAAGAUGCCCAAAACCCAGGGGUCCUCCGGCUGCAGUUUCAAGUUUUGGUCCAACAUCCACAAAAUGAAAGCAAUAAAAUCUACCUGGUGGACCUGAGUAACGAGCAAGCCCUGUCGCUCACCAUCGAGCCGCGGCCCGUUAAGCUUAGCCGCAAGUUUGUCCCCGGCUGCUUCGUGUGUCUGGAGUCCCGCACCUGCACCACCAACCUCACCCUGACGUCCGGCUCCAAACACAAGAUCUCCUUCCUCUGUGAUAACCUGACUCGCCUGUGGAUGAACGGGGAGAAAACCAUAAGCUGCAUGGACCCCCGGUACUGCCACAGGAGGUCCCAAUCCCUCCAGGUGCCUGGAGACAUCCUCCAGCUGCCUGUUCAGCUGCACGACUUCUCCUGGAAGCUGCUGGUCCCCAAGAAUAGGCUGAGCCUCGCACUGGUACCCGCCCAGAAACUUCAACAGCACACGCAGGAGAAGGUCUGCAACACGAGCUUUGGCUACCUGGUGGCCAGCGCUGUCCCCGGCCAGGACCUUUACUUUGGCUCCUUCUGCCCCGGAGGUGCCAUCAAGCAGAUCCAGGUGAAGCAGAACAUCUCAGUGACCCUCCGCACCUUUGCCCCUAACGUUCAACGAGAGGCCGCUAGGCAGGGUCUGACCGUGUCCUUCAUACCGUACUUCAAAGAGGAAGGUAUUUUCACAGUGACUCCAGACACAAAAGGCAAGGUCUACCUGAGGAGCCCUAACUGGGACCGGGGACUGCCAUCCCUCACAUCCGUGUCUUGGAACAUCAGUGUGCCCAGCAACCAGGUGGCCUGCCUGACCUUCCUCAAGGAGAGGACCGGCGUUGUCUGCCAGACGGGACGUGCGUUCAUGAUCAUCCAGGAGCAGCGGAGCAAAGCAGAGGAGAUCUUCAGCCUGGAGGAUGAGGUGCUCCCCAAGCCAAGCUUCCACCACCACAGCUUCUGGGUCAACAUCUCCAACUGCAGCCCUGUGAGUGGCAAGCAGCUGGACCUGUUCUUCUGGGUGUCACUUACCCCAAGGACUAUGGACCUGACUGUCGUCGUCAUUGCGGUCGUGGGAGGUGGCGCCUUACUGCUGUUUGCCCUCGGACUCAUCAUUUGCUUUGUGAAAAAGAAGAAAAAAAAGGAAAGCAAAGGCCCGCCUGUAGGCAUCUACAACGGCAACAUCAACACCCAGAUGCCAAUGCAGCCAAAAAAGUUUCAGAAAGGUCGAAAGGACAGUGACUCCCACGUGUACGCUGUCAUCGAUGACACCAUGGUGUAUGGGCAUCUCCUACAGGAUUCCAACGGCUCCUUCCUGCAGCCAGAGGUGGACACCUACCGGCCCUUCCAGGGGCCCACAGGGGACUGCCCCCCCUCCCCACCCUUGGUAUGCUCCAGGGCCCCAACUGCAAAGCUGACCACAGACGAGCCGUCUGCUGGCUUCCCUGCUGAGUCUGACAGUGAACCAUAUACCUUCUCCCACCCCAACAACGCGAACACAGACAUUCCCUUGCUGGACACCCAUGAGCCAGAGGGGCCUGGGGAGUAACUUGGACCCAUCCUGAAGACUUUGCCUAAAACAAGGGUCUCAAGCAGAAAUCCUAAAGAGGAAUGAUAUGGAAGGAACAGCAGGAGGUUCUUCAGGAUGCCACUGACCUCCAAGUCCCAAGUGGACUCAUUCCAAUGAUGGGAUGUUGAAAGUGAUGAAUUCCAACCUGGAUACAAUCGUCACAGUCCAUGUCCUUCUAAACUCAGGUUGAGUUGUAAACCAGCCCGUAAUGAGAGGGGAGGGCUGUGAGUUGCCAAGCAUGAGGUUGUCAACGAGGUCUGGACUUGGAUUUGGAUUUGGACCUCUUCAGGGCAACAAUUCCAAUCCCUUGGAGCCCAUCCAAGGUCCCUGCUCUCACUGGAGCACCCUGGAUGGCAAUGACAGUGUGCCUUAUUAUUAUUAUUAUUAUU